CUCGGCUCACAACUGGUUUGCCAAAAUAUGUAUUUAUUUCCUUAUACCUACUAUAUAUCAUUUGACAAGAAUAGGUACAGAAGAUUCGCCGGUUCAGCAGAAAAAGAAAGUUGUCCAACUCAAUGGAUCCCUUUCAAACUUGAAAGUACAUGUCAAAGUUGAAAUGAAGAGCAUGAACGAAAAACAUUACGUUAGAAGUUUUUAUCAUUUUGGGUUUGAAAUCGAAAAGGAUAAAUACCGGGCAUUCUUGUAUUAUCAAAAGUCUAUUGAGAUGGAAGGUUUUGAUCAUGAACUUGGAGUCAGAAAUGAAGUGUUUAUUUUUUUUCAAAAAUCGGAUGUCGCUAGUGGAAUCAAAGAUAAAUAUAAGACAUUCGAGUAUUAUCAAAAAUCAGAGAUCAGUUGUGCUGAUAGAAUAUUCAGUUUUGGCGAUUGCUAUCAAAAUAGAACCAGAGUUGAGAAGAAUAGAUAUAAGGCAUUCGAGUAUUAUCAAAAAUCUAAUGAAAAAUGA